AGUUCGGAGUCACUCUCUCGAACUGUCGGGCCCUUUCUCUUGUGGGUGGUUAAUGGGUGGCGCAGUCGCACCGAGGGUAAUUUUGAUUACCAUAGGGUGAUGGUGAAGCUGGAACUUGUCUGGUACAACCUUCUGUAGGGAAAACCUAGCAAGGAUCGUUCUAAUUCAGCACGAAUCGCCGUAUCGUUUCCUAGAAGGGAUGUGGAAAACACGAGUCCUGCAGCAUUCUCAUCCGUCGCCACUGUCAGUCUCGUGUUUAUACUCGACGGUGGCACAUGUUGAAGGCUCUUGGUGGUGACGACAGAGAUUCAAUUUAUCGACACCGCUAUCCUGGAUUAUAUAUGGGCUUAUCGUGACGUGCGAGGAGCUGCGGGUGGAGAGGCCAAUUUAUUGUAUUAACAACAGGCCAUCCAGCAGUUUGCCGAUAUCGAAAAAGGGUGUGCUAUUUCCAAGCGUUGGUGAUGAAAAAAGAUUUUGCGAUUGUUGAAGUAGUGCAACCAUCUGAUCGAUAAGUGAAUGGGGAUUAGAAUUACCAAGCAAAUAUAAUACCAGGGAAGAAAAAUGCAGCUGUGUGUAUAAAUGGGAAGUUAAUAUGUAAUAACAUAUGAUUUAAGAAAAGUGAAUAUAUUAAGUGAAAUCAAUAUUAUGCACGACAUAUGAUGAUAUGCAAUUUGAAUUGAGGAUUUUGUUGGAUAACAUGCUUAAAUAUCAGUGCUGAACUAUCGAUUUGCGAAAACGAACUAGAGGAAUGUAAUGUAAUUUUAUGUCAAUGAUGAUGGUGCGAUAGAUCUACCAGGCAGGAUAAGCGUCGUCAUUAUAAUUCAUGAGAUGCAGAAGAGAAGAGAAAACUGUCGAUAUUGAUGUGAUAGGAGGAUUAUACAUAAUUUUGAAUUUCUCUGUAAUCUGCUUCCGCCGCGUACUCGGGGUAUGUUUUGAUGUGCUCGGAAGGUUCCGGAAGCGGGAGGAAGCAUCUCUAGUCGGUGACAGCUCGUGGAUCGGAAGUUUGUCAAGUGGAAGAGAAAGAAAUUUGAGCACGUUCUAAUGCGGUGUGUUUGCCGUUGCUGGCAAAGAGUGAUUGUUCCUGUGUAGGUACUUCAGGGCGAUAAAAAGAAAUUUUCCGCAUGGUUUGUUGUUGCUCCUAAAUCGUCGUCUGUGCGUGUGUUACAUCAUCGACAUUGCAAAUCGCAAAUCUUUCAUCAGUGCCUGAGGUAGGCGGCAUCGCGCUUGCAAAAAGACCGGAGCGCCUCUUGCGACAUGAUCAAAAUUUCAUAGGCGUAAGCGAAAAUAAAUUUAUCAUAUUGCAACAGGAGGAAACGAGGAGAAACCAGCAACAGUGAACAAUAUCAGUGUACGCAAUCGGCGCCAGGCGUGCUAAGAAUGUCGUAAAUUCAAUUUUGUCAAUUUGAUUUUUUUUGCUGAAACUGUUACCGCUUCCAUACGCGUGAUUCCCACCAUCAUCGGAGGGCUCCACUUCUUCGAGGACUCAGUAUUUUUCGCACAGGAAUGGAGCCAAGUCGUACUGCCGGUCGGUACCUACUAACAACAGGGCCAGGAACAUGAGCCAAAGGAAUUUAUAUUCCACCGGUAGAACGAACGGAACGGCGCGUGUUCCAGAGACAAUGGAGACCACAGUCACGUAAUAUUGAAAAUUAUGGCCGAGAAAGAAGCGAUCCGCUAUCAGUAUGACUCGUACACCCCACUCAUGAAACAAUCAAAUAAUGGAAUGAGUACUCUACAGCGGAGUGAGAUGAGUACCGCUCUCAAAAAUGGAACACAAACGUCAACAACGAUUGCGAUUAGCAGCAAGAAACCGUCCAAAACUGGAUGCUGCUCAUGUCAGGGGAAAAAAUCAUCCACAUUUUGGGCCGCGUUGCUGACAAAUCUGGGCAUUUGUACGCUGCUGUUUGGAUAUACGCUGCUAGGAUCAUUUAUCUUCCUUGCAAUCGAGGGUGGUGCUUCACAGAUGCAACAGCGAAUGCUCGCCUCGACGAAUCGUCAGCUCAAGCCGUUAUCAACACGUAGCGAUAGCAAUCUCACUCUAUCCCAGCAACUGCUCCACGAGGCCAUUGAAGCCAGACAGCGAACGGUGGAGAACAUUUGGGAUAUCACGGUGUCACUGAACAUUCUCUACCGAGAAAACUGGACCAGACUUGCAUCUUUGGAGAUAGCUCGUUUUCAAGAGCAAUUAAUCAAACGGUUAACAGAGGAAAUGGCAUCCCAAUUGGACAACCUGUCACCGGCAGCCAGCGCCGUCAUGGUGCCACAACCCUCGCUGCACGACUACGAGUGGACCUUCUCCCGGAGUUUCUUCUACUCGUUGACGAUUCUGAGCACCAUCGGUUACGGCAACAUAGCACCUCGAACCACAUUGGGCAGGAUUGUAACACUCGCGUACGCUCUGCUGGGGAUUCCAUUAACUCUUGUAUAUUUAUCGAGCACGGGUGGAAUGCUAGCGAAAGUAGCCCGCGGCGUUUUUUCCAGAGUAUUCUGCUGUUGCUUAUGUUCCAACUGUGGCUACUGUUGUUACGACGAGAAACGUAUGGCGGAAAAGGAACGCCGGAUGAAGCGCAAACGACAACAGAUGGAGCUGCGAGCCCAGCAUAUUGCCCUGCAAGAGCCUUAUUACGUACGUUCCGGUUCCUUGCACAACAACCUCCACUCGCCAGAGAAGCAGGUACCAAUGAUAAGCGACAUCGAUUCCAUAACUGGCACCGACAGCGAAUCACGUACCUCAAUGCAUGGACUCAGUAUAUUAGCGCCCAUUUUACUGUGCAUUGCCAUGAUGUCCAUAUACGUAGCACUCGGAGCUUUUGCACUCUACAAACUGGAAGACUGGCCUAUCAUCGAUGGAGUGUAUUUUUGCUUCAUGUGUCUGUCGACAAUCGGGUUCGGAGACAUGGUUCCUGGCCUACGGAAAGAGUCCACUUUAACCACGUGGUUCUGCUCGGUAUAUAUAAUGUCCGGCAUGGCGUUAACCGCCAUGUGCUUCAACGUGUUGCACGAGGAAAUCAUGCAUCGGCUCAAGCACGUUGUUGAGAUUCAGAAGAAGCUGAAACUGAACGACGAUCACAACGACUUCCUUGCCUCUUGACGAUACGAAAAGAAUACCAAUCUGUAUCAAAGAAAUCCCACCGAGGAAACAUUAAUCACAGGUACUCCAACAUCAUUAAUCUUUGCCCAGGAGCCCGAUCUGAAUCAAUUACACGUGCUAAAAGAUUGCAAUAAUCACUCGUUAGGACACGAACUAGUACCAAUUAUCACCAUGAAUAAUCAAGUGGUGCUGCCUGAGGUGCUGGAAAACGUAGCUGACUUAUCACUGACGACUGAACAAUGCCAUCCGACUCCACCCAUCGCCAAUCAAAUCCAAUCGAACCUCAAGACUGGAGUGUACACACUUCCAGAGGAACCAGAACUGGAGUCAGAUGAGAACUUAGCUAUAUAAACCUAAUCACAAUCAAUUCCGUCGGAUGGAAUCUCGGUGGCUCUUUCCAAAACAGAAAACAAAAAAAAAUCGAUUUAUAACAAAAAAGUUUUUCGCAUUAUUUUUCCGUAGCCAGAUUUCGGGCGCGAUAAAAAUUAAUGGUGCAAUGCUCCAACGUUGUGAAUAUAAAAAACCGAAUCUAUAAAGCCAACUGAACGAAAUGAAAACACGAGAUGAAAACGGGUUCAUACAUACGCGGAAUGUGGUCAACGUUAAAAAUUAUGGAUUGCUUCUCGAAGUUGCAGCUACUAGGUUCCACGUCGGUAUCAGUAGUUGGAGAUUUAUGUCGUAAUGGUAUAAACGAUGAAAAAUUUUCAACCGAUCAUGAUUGAAUGCACACUUUAUGAAAACAUACCUGCCCUCUGGGAAAGAAUCAUUCGUUAAUUUGACGGAGCGUCGCACGUGGUGGGUGGUAGCCGCUCGAUAAUGGGUGUUGACUAAUUGCGUUAAAGAUCCAUUCAUUUGUAGGAACUACUGCUUGCACCGGGGCAGCACGAUUGGUGUCAAUUUUGACAGCCGAUAAAAUGGAAAUUAAUUAUUCAUUGAAAUUUGUUUAAAUUUCUGACUCGGUAUUUUUUAAUUUCCACAUAAAAAGUAGGAGAGGACUCUACCACAAUAUUGUAUGUAAUACAAUUUCUGGAAAAAACUUGUCACGUGAAUAAAGAAUUCUUAAGGUGAAUCGGAAAAAAAUAUGAUUAUUUUUUUGAAAAUUUUAAUAAAUCGAGAACAUAGUCCAUUUCACGAGCCAAUUUUAUGAAUGAAAUUUUGACAGGAGCUCCCAACAAGUGAAUAUCAAUAUAAUUAUCAACAAUGCUGUCACUUCGAAAAAUGGAUCAUAUCUUUCGAAGGUAAACUAGUGUAUUUACCAAUGCAGUGCGAAUCAUCAAAAGUUUCAUAAGAUUCUCCUUUCAAAUUCACGAUGACGGUGGCUCUCUGAGAGCCAGAGCCUGAGCAUGAAAACAAAUAAAUUUAGCACGGGAUACUAUACUUGAAUUCAUUUUUCCUACCAGAUUAUAACGGAAAAAAAUCAGCGUGAGUAAGUAUCUCCAAUAAAUCUGACAUUAAAGGGGUUCCAUAUCGUUUCGGCAACAAGUAAUGAAACUUUGCAUACUAGUUCUUAGUGACACAAAAUGCCUUUUUCAAUACAGUAUUGUUCCGAUUAUAUCACACCCCGUUUCAAAAAUGCUUUUCAGUAUUCCACAAAAUCUAUACCCAUUUUUAAUAUUUUUACUGGUGCAAAACGCGCCUUCAACAUUCAUCGUAAAGAAGAGGGAAAACACUUGUUCUCAAAUGUAACAGCAAAUGAAUGAUAAAUUAAUGACUGACGCGCGGAGGCCGUGAUAAAAUCGGAAUAUUACUGUUGUGACACCGGAGCUUUACGGUUUUCGGAUGUAGAAAACAUACACUGUAGAACUGUGGUCUAGAACUAACUUUAUUACUAAUGCUAAGCCUUAUAUAUAUGAAUGAAUGUACAAUACAUUCUACCUGAUUUGACUCAUUAUCUUUUGGGUCCCUUCCUUAUUAUCUCUACUUUGUUAUCGCCGCCACUAUCGGUGCGUCACUAUUUUCAUUACAAUUUAUGGGUCUCUUUCUUGGUCCUUCGUAGAAGAUUAGUUUAUGACGUAAUUGUCUUGGGUAGCAGAGAAUUAUCAACUAUGCGCAUAUUGCAACUAACAAUAUGCCAUGCGGUGCGCUGUAUAACUUAAGGAAAAUGACAACUUGAGUUUGAAAUGCAAAUUGAUUGAUUCGCGUUCGUUACAUUCCGGACCCCGUAAAUCUACUAGAUUUACAAUAAUAAUUGUCGAUAAGCGAUUUAUUACUUAUUAUAUGAAAUGAUAUUAAUAUUGUCUUUUUACUUAGGACUAGACAUUUGUGUUGAAUUUUGGAUACACAUUUCUUCAUGAUCAUCUUGAUUCGGGAUUAAAUCUGGUGAAUCUAGUUUCUUCGGUUCUGAAAGUGGAAUUGUGUCAUGACUUCCUUGAAAGUUUUGAGUUUGUUGAAAUAAAUCAUCAUUUGUUUCUAAAGAUGGCUUUGGCUUUUGAAUUUUCCGAACAUCUAAAACUGCCACUUUGACGGCUGGUCUUUCAUAAAUACCUUUAGAUGUUUUAAUUUCAGCAGAUCUUACUUGUCCAUCUUUAGCCAUUCUAACACUGAUUACUCGACCUUUCAGCCAUGUUCCAGGAGGUGCCUUAUCAUCAGUUAUUACAACAAUAUCGUCAACUUUAAUAGGUUCAAUUUGAUUAGUCCAUUUAUUUCGUUUCAACAAUAAUGGAAGGUACUCUUUUGUCCACCGAUCCCAAAAAUAUUUCCCAUAGUUUUGAACCUUUUUCCAAUGAUGUUUUUCUAAGUGAAUUGCAGUUGGAUCAUAAGGUGGUACAUAUUCUCCAGCACGACCAAUUAGAAUAUGAAAUGGUGUCAUUAUUUCGUCGUCGAUAUCUUCUACUGGUAUGUGUGUUAAUGGACGAGAGUUUAAAAUAAAUUCUACUUGGAUCAGAGCAGAUCUUAAAAUUGCUGGUCGUGGUAAACGACUACCAUACUGCUUCAGCAUUUUAUAUAGCGAUAACUUUAUGAUUUUAAUAAGCCUCUCCCAUACUCCGCCGAAAUGGGAUGCCGCGGGAGGAUUGAAUGUCCAUUUUAAGGCUAAUGCUGCCGCAUCACCGUUUCUCAUUCUUUUAUCAAUAUUCACAAUUAGUUCUUUUAAUUCAUUGUCAGCUCCAACAAAGUUGGUGCCAUUAUCGCUGUAAAGGUGCUUAAUUUUUCCUCUUCUGUUUUGAAAAUUACGCAAACAGACAAUAAAAGAAUCUGUAUCUAAUUUCUCAGCCAUUUCGAUGUGAACUGCUCUACUAGACAUACAUGUAAAAAUCACACCCCAACGUUUUUCUCUUGAUCGUUUUACUGCAACUUCAAAUGGACCAAAGUAAUCCACUCCAGUAUGCGUAAAUGGAUACAAGAAAGAUUCGGUCCGAUAAUCUGGUAAGGGUGCCAUCAUGGGUGGUACUGGUUUUGCGUUAGCAAUAAUGCAUUCUUGGCAAUAUUUCUUGACCUUUUUCAAAAGUGACCUUUGUUUAAUAAUCCAAAACUUUUGAAGAAUAGCUGCAAUCACGACAUUGUCAUUCUGAUGCAAAUACCGUUCAUGAUAUGUUUUUACAAUUAAAAAAGAAAUAUUAUGUUCAUAUGGUAAUAUAAUUGGCUUUCUUGCUGAUUCGGGUAUGCUUCUUGCGUGUUCCAAUCUUCCUCUUGCUCUGAGUACUCCAUGAUUAUCAAGCAUUGGACUCAAUUUUCGUAAGUUGCUGGAUUUUUCAAUUUCUUUACCUUCUUUCAGUAAUGUUACUUCCUCUGCGAAACAAUCCCAUUGAGCUUUUUUGAAUAUCGCGUUUUCAACCCAUUUUACAUCAUCAUAAUUAGUGCUACGAUCAAAAUCUGUUUUAUUUUUAAUCCAAUCGGUAAACUUUUUUAUUAUUAGAGUUCGCUUAACCAAACGCCACCAGUCCGAAAAAUAAUCGUCCUGAAUAAAAGAGUAAGGAUGUAUUCUUUGAUGAAUGUUUACAUAGUUUCUCAGCUCUUCAUCAGUUUCCAUACUUACUGUCCAGUUUGGCCAAUAACUUUCUGAUUUUCUUAAAAACGAUGGUCCAUUGAGCCAUAAUGAUGCUCCCUUUUUAAUUUUUGUACCUUCAUCAGCAGGGUUUAAUGAUGAUUUUAUAUAUCUCCAUUGAUCCAUUGAAGUUGUUUCUAAGAUUUCAGCAACUCGAUGAGCUACGAAUUGCUUAUACCGCCUAUGCUGACUAUUAAUCCAGGCUAGGACAGUUUGACUGUCUGACCACAUGACGCAUUUUGAAAUCGAAAUUCUUAAUUCUUUCUUUACGGUAUUCAACAAUCUUAUCCCUAAUAUUGCUGCUUGCAACUCUAAACGUGGUAUGGAUAACAUUUUAUUCGGUGAAACUCUUGCCUUUGCUGACACUAUAUUCACAUCAGUGCCAUUUGCAGUAACACUUCUCAGAUACACAACGGCAGCAAAAGCAUUUUCCGAAGCAUCUCCGAACAUAUGCAACUCAUAAAACAAUGCAUUUUUCAAGGUCAUACAU